AUGAGGACAAACGAAAGUCGCUGGCAGCAGAGGUCCAACUUUCUGCCCGAGGACCGGUCCGGAGAGUUCGCAAAGUACCCGCAGUUGACGUCCGAGGAUCUCAAGCUGCGAAGCCAAAGACCGCGCAAGGCCAAGAUGCUAAUGCGAGACUUUAUAGAAGACAGCUUAUACAACCCCAACUAUGGCUAUUUCUCGAAGCAAGCAGUCAUCUUCAGCCCGGGGGACCCCUUCAACUUCCCAGCGAUACGCGACGAGAUCGAGUUCUCCGCCGAGCUGGGCCGCCGGUACACAGAGUUCGAAGAUUCGCUCGACGAAAGUGAAGGCAUCAACGCUACGCGACAGCUAUGGCACACCCCGACAGAGCUGUUUCGACCCUACUACGGCGAGGCUAUUGCGCGGUACCUCGUUUCGAACUAUCGCUUACACACGUAUCCCUACGACGACCUGCUCGUCUUCGAAAUGGGCGCGGGAAGAGGCACGCUGAUGCUCAAUGUCCUAGACCACAUUCGUGCUGUCGAUCCUCAGGUGUAUGCCCGGACAAAGUACAACAUUAUCGAGAUUUCGCCUUCACUGGCCAAGAUGCAGAAUCACCACCUGCUCGAGACGGCCGAAUCGCGCGGCCACGCGGAGAAAGUCGAGAUUAUCAACAAAUCCAUAUUCGACUGGGAUCAAUAUGUGCCUUCGCCAUGUUUCUUCCUGGCCAUGGAGGUCUUUGACAACUUUUCGCACGACGCGAUCCGCUACGACAUGGGCACGGACGAGCCCCUGCAAGGGCACGCCUUGGUCGACCAGGACAAUGACUUUUACGAGUUCUACCUCCGCCAGCUUGACCCGGUCGCGGCGCGAUUCUUCCGCAUCCGCCACGCCGCGACGGCAGGGAAGUAUCCUCGGCCGUACAGCACGAACCCCAUGGUCCGGUACAUGGCGGGCAAAAUGCCAUUCGCGGGCAACCUCUCGCAGCCAGAGUACAUUCCCACGCGCCUCAUGCAGUUCUUUGAUGUGCUGGAAAAGUACUUUCCCGGUCACCGUCUGCUCAGCUCCGACUUUGACAGCUUGCCUCAGGCUAUUAAGGGGCUGAAUGCGCCGGUUGUCCAGACCAGAUUCCAGCGGACCAUGGUUCCAGUGUCCACGCCUCUGGUCCAUCAAGGCUACUUUGACAUCCUCUUCCCCACAGACUUUAACAUCACGGAAGCCAUCUAUCGAGCCAUCACUGGCAAGCUGACUCGUGUCAUGUCUCAUGGCGACUUUAUGCAGCGUUGGGCAUACUUGGAAGAUACCCAGACUCGAAGCGGCGAGAAUCCACUGCUGUCACAUUACCGCAACGCGAGCGUCCUGGUGACUGUGUGA